AUGGACGAAAGAGACAACGAUCUGCGCGGCCUCGAAUACCUCCGCGGAAGAGCAAAGCGUGCAUACUACCUGUACGUGCAGCCCGGGGCCGCGACGGACACCCUUGGCGAGGAGCAGCACGCCGGACUAACGGUCUUACCCUGCACGCCGCCAUGCUUCACCACGCCUCACGGGCUGCACGUCACCAAUACAUACCCACGACUCGUCUCCAUGGACAUGUCCACGUCUCCACAUUUCCGCCGAGAGCUCCGGUGCUAG